GGCCUCUGACAAUACCUACUGGCACCAUCACGCAUACAAAACAGUUCAAAGAAAAAAAACUCAAAACAAGCCCUAUCAUCAACUCGCCCUGUCGCCAUGCGCCGACACGAUCACACACACAUGGGAACCCCCCAGGAUCCCGCCUCCUGGGCACUCACGGCCUCACCGCCGCCCAUGGCCGACGACUGGACCUCGUGCAACCCGGCCGUGCUGGCCCUGGUCGACCGCAUCGUCGACACGUACCGCGACAGCCCGGAGCACCGCGUCUUCGAGUUCCUCGACAACGCGCACCGCGAGCCCGUGACCCGGCGCAGCUACACGCUCGAGCUGACGGGCUGCGGCCUGGCCAUCGACCACCGCUUCGACUUCGCCGCGGCCGGCCAGUCGCCGCGCCGCCCGGCCCGGUCCGUCACCUUCCGCGCCGCGCACUGGCUCGGGCUUCACAGCGGCGACAAGAACAUCACGGCCGGCGCCGGCGGCGACGACGGCAGCCGCAGCAGCAGCAGCAGGGCCGGCCUAGACCCGCGUGGGCACCUAACCCAGUACCCGGGAGUGACAUUCCAGCAGCAGCAGCAGCAGCAGCAGCAGCAGCCGCCGCCCCGCCAGUACCUGCUGGGCGCCAAGCUGGACGUCGACUACGCGCGCCGCCACGACGCGGCCGAGCUCGAGGGCGGCCGCUGCCCCGUCGGCUUCUGGCACCACGAGGAGGACGCCGCCGAGGCGGAGCAGCAGCAACAACAGCAGCCGGGCGGCAGCCGGCCGCGCGUGCGUGUGCACCGCAGCUUCCUGGGGGCCUCCUUCGCGCAACUUCUGGACCGCAUGGACGCGUGGGCGUGCGCCCCCAUGGACUACAAGGAACAGCCCGUCUGGCUGCUUGAGGGCAUGCUGCUGUCGCUCGUGCUUUUCAUGCACCCGCGCGUGGCGCGUGCGGCCGUUGUGGUCCCCGACCACAAGUUUCCCGAAACCGGCAGGGUCACGCACCGCUGGGGUGUGCCGGGCCAGACUCCCGAGGCCGCGCUCGAGUGGCUGCAGUCGGCCAUAUCAUAUCUGCCGAUUCUGCCCUAGCUUGGGGGCUUCAGGGAAUCAAGGUCCGGUGGGCUGAU